GACGUCACAGUUCGCGAGAUGAGAUUGGUGACGUCUGGAUUAGAUGGCCUGCAGGAGCCGAGAAGCUGGACAUGUAAACACCGUUGCGGGAUAUUCGAUCAGCGAUCCAGGGCUGCGGCGGGCGGCGUUAAGAGAAAAGCGGGACUGUCCGGCGCAAAGCGGGGGACCGUUGGGCGCUAUUAAAAUGGCAAGAAUUCACCUUGGAGCAGAGCUUACAAUUUAAAAUCUCCUUUGUAGCAUUUCAGUUGAAAUGGCUCGUGACAAUCAUGGAAGUCCGCAAGAGGAUGCUGCCUUGAUAAGCUUAUCUCCAAGCACAUCUCAUUCACCUCGCCCACCCCGUGCGCUUACUGAUCUUCCAGAUGAGCUUGUGCAAGCUGGAUGGGAAAAAUGCUGGAGUAAAAGAGAAAGCCGUCCCUAUUACUUCAACCGAUUCACUAAUCAGUCUCUGUGGGAAAUGCCUGUACUUGGCCAGCAUGAUGUAAUUUCUGAUCCACUGGGUCUCAAUGCAGCCCCAGUUCAAGUGGAGGGGGCGGGGGCAGUGCCAGAGACGCCUAAAGAUACAAAGCCCCAAAAAAGGAGGAUAUCUGAAGAUCUGUCAGCGGGAGAGACUGUUAAGAAAUUGAAGAUAGAAUCAACUCCUGUUACACCUGGAUCAGUACCCAGUUCUCCCAUCUUCCCAGGGGUAUCAUUGGAUGAAAAGCAGCUCUCUGCUCUGCUGAAAACUACUGAUGUUUACUGGGACUUGGACAUUCAAAGCAAUGUAGUAGUGAAGCCACUUCCACCAUCACACCUUCUGCCACCUCCUUCUCAGUUCUUGCCCCCAUAUCCUGAAGUGGAGCUUUUGCGGUCACAGCUUGUUCUCAAACUGAGACAGCACUACCGAGAGCUGUGCCAACAGAGGGAAGGAAUUGACCCUCCCCGGGAGUCCUUUAAUCGUUGGCUGCUCGAGAGAAAAGUCCUGGAUCGUGGUCCAGAUCCCCUCCUGCCAAGUGACUGUGACCCUGCAGUCUCACCGUCCAUGUUCCGAGAAAUUAUGAAUGAUGUUCCCAUAAGACUGUCUCGCAUCAAGCAUCGGGAGGAAGCCAAGCGCCUGCUAUUUAAGUAUGCAGAGGCUGCCAAACGUCUCAUCGAGUCAAGGAGUGCCUCCUCUGAUAGCAGGAAGAUGGUGAAGUGGAAUGUAGAGGACACCUUUAGUUGGCUUCGAAGAGACCACUUAGCCACUAAGGAAGACUACAUGGAUCGUCUGGAACACCUCCGCAAACAGUGUGGCCCCCAUAUGGCAGCUGUUGCCAAAGAUUCAGUGGAGGGCAUAUGCAGUAAAAUUUACCAUAUUUCCCGGGAGUAUGUCAAAAGGAUCAGAGAGAAGCACCUGGCACUGCUACGAGAUGCCAACAUCCCAGUUGAUCAAGUCCCAGCAGUAUCACCCCAAGACAGGCGAGUCUUCUGUCAUCCAGUUAGGCUGUCAGUGCCUGCAUUGCCAACUCAGCCAGGAGUGGAGGUACAACAAGAAGGCAGCUUAGUUUGUGUGCGCUACAAAGGGGAAUCUGUGAGAAUCAAUCAGAGCUACUUCAGUAAACUGUACCAGCUUUAUCGUCUCAGUUGUAUAGAUGAUUCUGGAACAGAGAGAUUCCUGUCUCGAGUGUGGUGUCUCUUGCGAAGGUAUCAGGUUAUGUUUGGCACAGCACAGUAUGAAGGGUCCGGCCUGCAGGGGGCAUUGCCAGUCCAUGUGUUUCAGACUUUGCACAAGGUUUUUGGGGUGACCUUGGAGUGUUUUGCCUCACCCUUAAACUGUUAUUUCAAACAGUACUGCUCUGCCUUCACAGACACAGAUGGAUAUUUUGGGUCCAGGGGGCCUUGUUUGAGUUUCUUCCCUGUGAGUGGUUCAUUUGAGGCCAACCCUCCAUUCAGUGAGGAACUGAUGGAUGCCAUGGUCACACAUUUUGAGAACCUUCUGGAGAGUUCAGAUCAGCCUCUGUCCUUCAUCAUCUUCAUCCCAGAGUGGAGAGAUCCCCCAACACCAGCCCUUACCCGCAUGGAGAGCAGCCGUUUUAAGCGACAUCAGCUACUUCUUACAGCCUUUCAACAUGAAUAUCGCAGCGGAUCCCAGCAUAUGUGCAAAAGGGAGGAGCUGUACUAUAAGGCAGUCCAUAAUACGGCAGUGAUCUUUCUUCAGAAUGAACCGGGCUUCCUGAAAUGGACUCCUACAGCAGAGCGGAUUCAGGAGCUCACUGCAUCUUACAAGCACUCUGGGCGAGUACCCAAUUCAUCGGUGGCAUUAGAAAAAGAGCCUACAAGAGAAGAGGGCACAAGCAAGGACUGCAUGACAGUUUAAAAGCACAGCACAGCACAGUACAGGAGAAAGCCUCCCGCUAUAAUAAGCAGCAUAUAGUGUUCCCACCAUGACUGGCUGCAUCUGCCCUACCUGCCAAUCCAAAAAAACGAUCCUUUCUGGCCUGUUUGUGUAACAGCCAGCAUACCAAGCUUAUAAGGAAGACAUUUUCUCUAAUAAAGAGGAAUGUGAUCUCUCCUUCAGCUCAGUCUCCAUUAGACUUUGAAAUGAAACAUCUUGCAUUCCUUCUAAAGUUCAGUGAAGCCUCGCAGAAUGCAGGCAUAAGAAGUGUGUGUGCAUUGGUUCCUAUAGCAGGGUGCGAUGGUUUAUGAAAUUUAUAGGGCACCAUAUAAGUGGUACAUCAUUUCCUUAGGGCAGGGUGAGAGUGUGCAUUGGUCCAUAUGGCAUAUUGUGAGUUUACAUCAUUUCCUUAGGGCAGGGUGUGAGUGUACAUCAAUUCAUAAAGGCAAUGAAAGAGUACACCAAUUCCUUAGCAGAAGGUGUGGGCACUGAUACAUUUCUUAGGGCAGAAUAUUAGCCUGUAUUAUAAAUAAUACAUAGUCCAGGUCUGCCUUUGGCUUAUAGGGUACACAUGCUUAAACGUGGUUCCCUCAAUUCUGUUAAGCCAGAAAAAUAACAUUAGGAAAUUGUGGGAAAACAAGGCAAUGCUCUCUAAGCAGCUGUGUGUUGAGAGCACUCUUUUCAGUUGUUACUUGAAGCAGUGCUACUAAUUCAGCAACUUUAUUGGUGGGAACUUGCAGCUGCAUCACAUGGGUUUCCUAAGGUGGGGGCAACCCCUCCUGUGAAGAAGAAGGGACUUGUUUUUAUGUGUAUAUAAAUAUUUGUGUAUUUGCUUUCUGCAUUUUAUUGUUGGUGUUGUGUUCUUCCUGGGGGAGCUGUAGGGAUCUGCAUGUUCUUCUCCCCUGCGCGUGCGUGCGUGUUCCUUGAUAUUGUGAUUUGUCCCCAUCCCCAUUGUUUUAUCUGCUAAAUAUUAAGUGUAAUUAAUUUAAUGUCUAACCAUUUUAUUACUUUUAUCAAACAGUAAAAGUCUAUUUUUGAUUUUA